GCCCCAUUUGGGAAGUAAAAAAAAAGAAAAAAAAAAGGAAACAUUUUCCUGCCGCAUGUCCUACCAGCGUGGAUCUCUUGUUGGCUAGCUUUUAAAAGGAAGUCAGCCUGCGCUUUUGUAAAAACCUCAGCGUUGUUUUGUGCCCCACAGUGUUGUUUUGCGUACCACCUUGUGUGCAUGAGAAAGUGUGUCCCCCUUGGGAGCAGCCCCAAUUGAGAAGUAGCUUCUCCUUUGUUUACUACCCCUCGUUAGCCUCAGCUGUGCACAUCCCAUCUGCGUUUUUUCCCCCAUCGAAUAAGUGGAUAGACCACCAUGCAGGGGGCAAAUCAAAAUGAAGAGGACAACCCCAUAAGGUCUCUGGGGCACAAUGCCCUGGUCGAGUUGCUUAACAAUAAUAACAGCGAUAGGGGGAGCGAACCUGGGGAGGAUACACAGAAGGGAGGGAAGGAGGCUCCCCAGACGUACUCCUUCGAGGGGGACACUUUAAGAAGGAAAAGGAAAGCAUCAAAGGGGAAAAAAAGGACCCACGGAAAAGCGGAAAAAAAGAGAGCACACAAAUUGCCGACGAGGAAAAGCAUAAAACAGUCAUCAUAUAGGGAUAUUAACGAAGAGGACACAAAAAUGUUGAAGCACCCCCACCCCCGUUUUGACACCCCUGGGAAGACAAACCGAGAGAGAAACAAAAGUUACCUCCGCAUGAUGAGCAAGUAUAACCUAUUCUUUGGAAACGGUAAAAAACCCCAUUUUGUAAUGCCCCCAAGUGACCAUAUGAUGGUGAGAGGGAACAUCCCGGUCGGCGGCUUCCAUCGACGAAGUGGCACCACCAUCAAGGGGGACAUCUCCGGCGACGCCACUGAUGAUGCGGAUGAUGAUGAUGAUGCCCAGCAUGAUGGUGAAAAAAGGGACAAGUUUUUUUUUUUAAAGAAGAGUAACGUACGUGGCGAAAUCAUGGACGGGGCUCGGGUCCCCAUGUUGGGGGGAUUUUCCCCCGAGGGGGAAAUGAAAAGGGACGGAAGGGGCAGUGUCAGCAGUGGGGGUGAAAGUGGAGGCAGCCCAGGCGGAGCCCCCAGUGAAAAACGCAGUGAAAACUUAACUGAAAAACGCCGCGUAAAAAGCAGUGACGCCUCGCCUGACGCAGAGAACACACCGGACAUGCUCAAAAAGGGGGAGGAAAAAAAGGAAAGCACCUGUACCGCCAUGCCAUGUGAUGUAAAACGACAUUCGAGCACAGGCUCCACUCACUUGGGGGAAAGGUCCCACAUAAAUGAAUCCCAUAAGAAGAUAGGUAGUGACAAGGCAAGUAGAAAAAGGAGGAACAAAAAGGAUAGUGAUGCUGAGAGGAAGAAACUGCACAAGCCAUGGUGUGAUAUAGACUCGGCUGACUCGAUCGAAAAAGAAGUCACUCUCACGUCUCCACAUAGCAGUAGUGUAAAAAAUGAAAGUAAUAAAAAGCCUGUUGUGAUGAUCCAGCCAGACGAUCGCCUAGACGAAGUGGAAAAGGUAAGUCCCCCCCAAACUCCUGCUGUGGUAGGUAAAAUUGAUUUUCAAACUGACCUUGCGAAGGUUGUCAAAAUAGAGGGAAAGGACUCCCCCCAUUUGCAAACAGCGCUGCGAAGAAAUGAGGGAGAUAUGGACAGUCUCGAUUUGGAUGACCAACCACCCACUGGCAGCAUCAGUCAAGUGGACCCCUUCAACCACGAGGAUUUCAUUUUUCUGGAUUUUAACCCGGUAAAGGAGGAAUACGUGGAAAUUAAAAAAACACUCGAGAGGUACAAAAAGAAACGGGAAUUGACGGAGGAACGGGGUGAUAAAAUGCACCUCAACUCAAAUGGGCAAGUCAUUUUGGAAAAAAAAAUGGUAAAGGAAAUAUUAACAGAUAAAAAAGAAAAACAGAGUGGUCAUCAAAAUGACGAAAAUGGUUAUAUAAAAAAAAAUUUAAAUCAAUUGAAAGAGAAAAUGCGUCGGGGAAAAAUACGAAUAAUCAGCUACGACUUUGUGCGCAAUUUGUGUUACAUCUUAGUUAGGGGGGAUUCUUCACUGUAG